AUGGGAAGUGAUAAGCGACUACUUUAUUGGUUGGAGCGAAUGAUCGAAGUGGAAGGAUACCGGGAAUUGGAUAAGUACUUUUGGUUUGUUGCCUCCGAUUCGUGGGGAGUGAAGAGCUCAGUGGUGCACGGAUUGACGCAUCGAACAGCUGGAUCGCUCACCAUUGCUCCACACGUUCGAAAUGUGUCCGCUUUCAAUGAUUACUUCCAAAAGCUUCGUCCAACGAACACUUUCCUAGAGGAAUAUUGGGACUUCUUGAAGUGUAAAGAGCAACGGAAUGUGGAGACUUUCGGUGAGUGUAUGGCGGCGAUCAAUAUGACAUUCAAACAAGAGGCUUUCGUUCCAUUUGUGGUGGAUGCGGUCAAAGUAGUGGCACAUGCAAUCAAUGCAUACAUAAAGGCUGAAUGUGGGCUGGUCCCGUUUCACAAGUGUGUUUUAUCAACAACGGGAUUCAAUGGAGAUCGACUGCAAAGCUACUAUCGGAAUGUCUCAUUUACACAUUUCGAGCCACCAAUGAUCGACGCAAACGGUGAUGGAAUUGGGCGAUAUGAUGUGUUUCAAGUUGACGAGAUGGGAGUCUAUCAAAGGGUUGGAAAAUGGCGAUCAACAGAAGGAUUGAAGGUCUCUGUGGAUACGAUCAGAGCUGGUUUCCGGAGUAGUGUCAUCCCGAUUUCCGUGUGCUCUCUCGAUUGUCCUCGGGGAUGGUAUCGAGUCUAUCAAGAUCAGACAUGUUGUUGGGCGUGUGUUCCGUGUGAUAUGGCCACUUCAAUUGUUGUUAAUGUCACAAUAUGUACCGAGUGUCCAUUAGGCCAAGUUCCAAACGCGGAAUUGACAACUUGCCGUCCCAUUCCUCCAGUCUCACUCAAAUGGGACUCAAUGUGGGCCGUUCUGCCAGCAGCUUUCUCUUCACUUGGUCUCUCAGCCACAAUAUUUGUUGUCUCGGUCUUCCUCAAAUACAGCAACACACCAGUGAUCAUGGCCUCUGGUCGUGAGUUGUGCUACUGUAUGCUAUCGGGGAUCGCUCUCUGCUAUGUUCUCACUUUUUUCCUUGUUUCUCAGCCAUCAGCGGGUGUUUGUGCUUCAUCUCGGGUUUUAAUCGGUCUCUCCAUGUCAGCCAUUUACGCGGCAAUCAUCACAAAAACGAAUCGCUUGGCGCGGGUUUUCUCGCCGGCAAGCGCUCAACGACCUCGCUUUAUCACGCCUAGAGCUCAAGUUAUAAUUUGUAUGUGCAUUGUGUCUGUGCAAUUGUUUGGAUCACUUGUUUGGUUGAUGGUCGAUCCGCCAGGAACCACGGUCAUGUAUCCAUCUAGAACCGAAGCGGUAUUGACGUGCAAGGCGACAACCACGCAGCUACUCGUCUCUCUCGCCUACAAUUUACUCUUGAUCAUCGCUUGUACAAUUUAUGCAUUCAAAACUAGAAAGAUCCCUGAAAACUUCAACGAAACGAGAUUGAUCGGAUUCACCAUGUACAGCACAAGCAUUUUGUGGCUUUCUUUUGCUCCAAUCUAUUUCGCCACACAGAACAACUUCAGGAUCCAAAUCACCUCGUUGUGCAUGUGUAUAUCGAUGUCGGGAACGGUGGCGUUGGCUUGUUUCUUUGCACCAAAGGUCUACAUCGUACUCUUCCAACCAUACAAAAACGUGCGAACGAGGAAUUCGGCGGUUGGCCGGCUCGUCAAUCAACAGAUGCGAUUCAUUAGCCAAUUGACCACGCAUGGAGAGGAUCCCCGUCAAACAGCCACCUCCACAACAUCCACAAAGGCAACCGUCGUCCUCUCACAGUCAUAUCGACCACCCGAUUCCGAGGAGAGCUCUGCGCAGAGCCUCCUCCGAUCUCAGCACCUUCGCGCCAAUUCCGUUGAGGGCUUGCACAAAAGGAGAACAAUCUCUGAUACGGGUAAAAGACCAUCAACGGAGGAUCUCCGGAAAGCGAACGGAGAUAAAGAGCGACGAUUCAGUAAAUCCGUACGAGUGACGAAAGAAGGCAUGGAGAGGCUGAGACAGAGCAUUCGAUUCAGACCAUCCAACUUGCGCAAAUCGAAAAAAGAGCGAAAAGGGUCAUCAAAAGAAGAACGAGAUCCCUUACCUUCUACUAAGGUCGGAAAUUCGUCAACUUUUGUCCCAUCGAGUAAAUCGUUUUCCCACCGGGAUGAGCUCAACGGGACACCGCCGGUCAUUCACAAAAGGUCUCUGGGCAGCGGUUUACCAAAAAGCUACGGUUCGGCGGGUGUUCCAUUGAUGGGUCGAGACGAAGAUUCGGUUGGUGAGAGGGUUGUCUCAUCAAGGGAAAUCACAUCAUCGCCCGCCUCUCAAUUGGAACUUCUUCUUGAGGAGAUCGCCGCAAAUACGCAUGCCACUUUUUUG